UUCUAAAACUUUUUUUCUACUCUAAAUUUCAGCAACAUAAGACAAAGUCUGUACCUUAUUUCUUACCGCAAACUACUUUUUACAGACAAUAGAUUUGUGUGUAUAGCGUCUAAGAUGAUGUAGUCCCAUCCAUGACUACUGAAGUUCUAACACAAAUAAAUAACAGCUAAAUUAUGCUUUCAUAUCUAGGUUUUUACCUCCUUACUGUUUAAUGUCCUACAAGAAACGUGAAAUCCUAUUCCCAAAUCAUAAAUAGUAAGCUAAUUCCUCCAGGCCUCUUAAAUAUGAGCAUUACUAGGAAAUGCAUAAAAACACAAAUAAUUUUCCAAAACAGCUCCCACCAGAUUACAGAACAUAUAUCACGACAACCUGAUUGUCCUUCUUUAAACAGGGCAGUAUUUAGAAAGGCAAAUUGAACAGAUGCCCUAUUCAAUCAGGGACCAAAUCGCUGUUCAUUUGCCAGCCCAUCCACCACAAGCUGAUAUAUUAACAGGGAGAUACAAAACACAACAAUCUUUAACUAAACAUAUGUUCUGGGAGAGAUGCUUUUCCAGUUUGCUCAUUGGAAGUUCGGUAGCGUAAGCUUUGAUGAGCAUCAUUUUCUACGUCUGAGUAGGGUGGCAAUGGGGCAAAGGGGGAAUGAUGACUUCGGAAGAGGAGAAAAAGUCUUCUCUGUACUAGUUCACAGAACGUUAACUUUUCACUCAAAAGUUAGAGCAUCCAUAUAAAAAUACUGCUUAAGAUGAGGAAUGAUUUACAGAACUUCCUUUGAAGUCAAUGGUAAUUUUGCAUCUGCAGUACCUGCAGUUGUGCCUUAAUUCACUUCUAGGUUCUCUCUGUAUUUUUUUCUGACCAGCUUUCUAUUUCUAUCUGUGAAGGUACAAAACAUACCAACUUUCUUACUAGCAUUUCUAGCACCCCAAAGCUUCAUAAAUCCAGUAAAUUUAAACUGUUAACUUUUCACUUACUACCCCUCCCAAACCUUUAUCAGAGUAAUAACGUAGUAAACAGUCAGUCUAAGACGACUUGUUCAUUCGUUUUCUUCUUAGAUUCCAGACACCAGAAAGGCCCCGAGGCAAUUCUUUGCUAUACUUAUUUGCAGCAAGUUGGAAAGUUUCAGCAGGCAAAGAGUUAAGAAGAAUGGGAGGAGGAGGAGGAGAGAGGGUUAGUUUCCUUUCCAGUUCUCAGCAUCUAGCACACUCUCUUAGCAGCACAGAGGUUAAAGCCUCUGAGGUAAAGCAAUACUAUUUAUAAUCACAGCAAUGUACUCCCUACAUAUUUGAAAGACUGAUUUCAGUCCUUUAAAGGCUGUCUCAGAACAGUGGCUACAAAAAUUUGGAGAAGCUCAAGUUUUCUCUCAUUAUUGUGAAGCAGAGGACAUUUCUUCUGAGGCUAAACAGCAUUACUGCAGAAUAAAUAUGCUAAGCAUUGCGGGAAGCCAGAUGAAGCCUUAAAUGAAAACAUUCAUGUUAAUAUUUAACCCCUUUCACUUAUGCGAGAUCUCUACACAAGCAACAGAAUGAAGAAUGCUGUCUGAAUUUUGCUGAAGGACAAUGGGCUUUUUAUUUAUUAAAUUAUGCUGCCUUCUCCUGGCUAAUUUUGUGCAAGAAGGAGACUCAGCAGACUUACCCAGGCAGAAGGAAAAAGCAAAUCAAAGUAAAAAGCAGCAAAAAGUGCCAAUUUUAACAUACUGAAGAGCGCUGUUGACAGGACAUAGAAGCAAAAUGGAUGAAUCUUCCACCUAACAUACAAAUCCACCUUCUGGAACGCUAAGUGGAAAAGAGGCAUUCUUCUAGCAUGAAAUCCAGUGCAUACCAGAAUUUUGUCUAGGAAGUUCUACAUCAAAUGCUUCAAGGAAAAGACUUCAUGUAAUAGCUCCAGGAUUCAGGACUUCUGUGUUGUCAUGCUUCUGACUUUUCAACAAGAAAGAUAAUCUCCAUGCUUAAUUAAACUAUGACCAAAAGACAGUAUCUGGAAAAUAAAAAAUGAGCCCACUUGAUGCAACAAAAUCAGGAUUUUUAGUGUGCAUUGCCAUCUGCAUGUUCAUCUACACUUUUAUCUAUCUAAAGAACACACUUUCUGAAGAGCCACAUGAACAAAAAUUUACUGCAGAUACAGCAGAGUGUGGCUUUUACCCAGAUGAACUUUGUUCAGCUCUUUUUGUGGGGAAAAAUGUUGCCUCUCAAAUUGGAAACUUUUGUCAGAACACCUACCAACCGGAAACACUCAGCUGCAUUCAGACUUCUUGCAACUGCUCCAUGGUUUUGAAGAGUCUGCAUUUUAUAACAAGACCACUGUCUGAAGAGGAAGGAAAUUUCUCAUUGGCGUACAUUAUCACAAUUCACAAGGAGCUGCAAAUGUUUGUAAAGCUACUAAGAGCUAUUUAUAUGCCUCAGAAUAUUUACUGCAUACACAUUGAUGAAAAGUCACCAAAAGAUUACAAAGCUGCUGUACAAAACAUUGUUAACUGCUUUGAAAAUAUUUUUAUUUCCUCAAAAAGAGAAAAUGUUGUUUAUGCAGGAUUUUCAAGAUUACAAGCUGAUAUUAAUUGCAUGAGAGAUCUAGUCCAUUCCAAAGUUCAGUGGAAUUAUGUUAUUAAUUUAUGUGGUCAAGAUUAUCCCAUCAAAACAAACAAAGACAUUAUACAAUACAUCAAAAGCAAAUGGAACGGUAAAAACAUGACUCCUGGGGUAGUCCAACCACUUCACAUGAAACACAGGACACAGGUUAGUUACAGAGAAUAUGUACAUUCUGGAAUGUCAUACGUGUAUCCAACAAAGAAUAUAAAAGCCAAACCACCCUAUAAUUUGACCAUAUAUUUUGGUAGUGCCUAUUACAUACUCACUAAACAAUUUGUAGAGUUUACAUUGACUGAUGCACGUGCAAAAGAAUUGCUUGACUGGUCAAGAGACACAUACAGUCCGGAUGAACACUACUGGGUCACACUGAAUCGUUUAAAUGAUGCUCCAGGUGCUACACCAAACGCAGACUGGGAAGGAAACAUACGAGCCAUUAAAUGGAAAGAUCAAGAAGGAACCACACACAAAGGCUGCAAAGGUCAUUACAUCAGAGACAUUUGUGUUUAUGGACUAGGGGAUUUACAGUGGAUCAUUGAAUCACCUCACCUAUUUGCCAACAAAUUUGAACCUGCAACAUAUCCACUUGUUAUGGACUGUCUAGAGAGACGCUACAGGCUUAAGGUACUGCAGCAAGCAGAAGUCUCAAUUGAAGAUCACUGGCGUUUUCAGGAAAAUAACUACUUUAAUAUGAAACUGAAUGUUUGAGCUUAAGUAACAUUUAACCAGUGCUCAAAAUAUUGAAAGAAAUCAUCAAGAUUUUUAGCCAUAGUCUUCACUCUGUGCAUUAUAUCAUAAGGAUAUGCACAAUACUGUACUACUCUUCACCAGUGAAAUAAGCAAUCAAUUUUACUUAUUAUAGUAAAAUAAAGAACAACAACUGUUAAUGGGUUAACUCUAAAAAUAAAAAGGAAAACGACACGGUCAAUAUGUCAAUAGUCCAGUAGCUCUAUAAUCUACUAAAGACAAGGGCGGAGUUCUUACUCCUCCUUUAAGUGAAUUAAUUAAUUACUUCGGAAAAAAAAAACAUGUUCCUUAUUGCCUGCAGCUGCAGAAAGAACUAACUGGAAUAAAAGUAAUAAAGCAGAAGCACAGACUGGACAUAUUAAGAAGAAAUAUUAAGAGCACAAGUUAAAGUGGUGUCUACUGUAUGCCUUAUGAGUAGCUUAUUUUGAAUAACGAAAUUUACACUACAAUUUCAGAGCUGGUAGAGAAGCAAGUGACAGCCGGUUGCAAACACAGUCCAUUUCACUGUUUAGGCUCAUGGCCAGUUGCACCUCUAACUUAAUUGUGUAGCAUGGUAACAUCACUCGUGCACUGCCUACGCUUUGCUCCUGAUAAAAAGGGUGUCUGCAACAAUAACAGUAAUAGAGAUCCUGCUAGGCAAAUAGUCAAGAUCCCCAUUUUCUGGGUGUUUGCGUAAGUUUAGCACAAGAAAACACGAGAAAUGUGCUGGGGAACAAAUGGAAACUACACGAGAAGCCACCUUUCAACCCUAGCAUACCUAGCCUGAGGAAAAUGAACUUCCCUGAACCUGGCAACCAUCUGCACAGAUUGGAGAUAACACCUAGCAGCAGCCAGGACACGUAUCUCAUUUUCCAGACCCUCUGUAGACCAAACACAGCACUAGCGCGCUGUAAGAAAGUGGCUUUCCACACAGUGCAUGAGCAAAACCAGGGAACAGCACAGCAGUAAAAAAGAACUAGGAUCUAGCCCUCUUCUAGGCAAGAGUUGGUCUUUCCUCUUCAGCACGCACAAAUUAAUCUCUUCAGUUGUACGACUGAAAAGACUGGGGCAACACGGGGAAACAAACAGGAUACAGGCGGUGGCGUUUUCUGUAGCAUGGCAACCCUUCCGGUGUCACUGGAUUAGAAGUCUUACAAGAUCACUCUUACACCCUUUCCCCAAACGCGGAUGGAAAGCAAAGACAGAAAAAGACUAGGCGAAAGCUGAAUUUUGCUAAGUCAUUUCAAGCUACUGGUCUUCUCGUACUAACUUUUGGCAGGAGUACAGCCAAAAAUUUUAUUCCAGUAAAUCCACAUAAACUCCCAUUUUUGGGGAUGAACUUUGAUGGGACCUAAUAAAAUGCAUGUUGUUACAUGAUUAGAAACUACAAAUUAUAAAGAAAUGUCUAUGAGCAGUUUAGAUGUAAACUUCAGUAUGAACCUAGCAUUCCCUUUCUACAGGAAAACUGACUUAAGAGAUUAAGCAUCUUUCCAAAAAUCAAAACAAAUCAGUGAAUGAGUCAGCAGUAGAACCCAAAAAGUCUAGUUUUUUAUUCCAAACUUAUUCCCAGGUUCUUCAAACUGUAGUGUGUAUUUUCCCACACAAGUUUCCUGGAAGCAUAAUUUAUUUUAAAUGAACUUUCACCUAAGGAAAGACCAUCUGGUCCCUAUUUAUUUACAGAAAUUCACAAACUCAGUCCAAAGGCCUGUACUCAGUCUCAUGUAUAUUCUAUGACUUAUUUUGUAGCCAAUUACUGCUGAAUAUGCUUUUUCACAGAGAAAAAAAAACCAUGCAGCCCGUUCACACUGGGCUUGUUGAGAGUUCCUCUGAAAGCCAUUACUGAAGCUAAUGUGUUUCUAGCAGGUAUUAACGAUGACAAUAUUAGCAAUGAAUCUCUCCUUAAGCCACACUCAACCCACUGUAAGGCACUGCCAGCUUCCACUUUGUGUUGUUUUAAUGUUCAUCUUCUUAUUCUCUUUGUAGCAAACCCAAUAUUUAGUUUACACCUUUUGUUGCUAUCAUACAGAACAAUUGUUGCAUAUCUUUGUUCUGAAUUGAAUCAAAAGAAUAAAGGCACAAUAAAACCA